AUUUCUUUAUAUAAAAUCACCCCCCCCCCUGGAAAAUUUUGCUCGCACACUACUAGUAUACACAUAUUCUCUUACAUAAUUUUUUUAGGCAAAUUACAUGAAGCAUUUAAUCGUAUUGCACAACUUCAAGGAAAACGAGUUUUCGGUACCUAUUUUCGUGUCGGUUUUUAUGGAUCGAAAUUUGGCGAUUUGGAUCAACAAGAGUUCGUUUAUAAAGAGCCAACGUUAACAAAACUUCCAGAAAUAUUCAGUCGAUUGCAGAAUUUUUAUGCUGAUCGUUUUGGCGUUGAAAACAUUCAUAUCAUCAAAGAUUCGAAUAUCGUUGAGGUUUCAACACUUGAUCCCGAUAAGGCGUACAUUCAGAUCACAUAUGUUGAGCCUUAUUUUGAAGUUUACGAGUUACGCCAUCGAGAAACUUACUUCGAACGGAAUUUCAAUAUAAAGCGCUUCAUAUACUCAACACCAUUUACAAAAAGUGGGAAAUCACAUGGAGAACUUCAUGAGCAAUGCAAGAAAAAAACCAUUCUUACAACGUCGAAUCAUUUUCCAUAUGUGAAGACUCGCAUCCAAGUCAUUGCUAGAUCUCAAAAGGUCCUUGAACCUAUUGAAGUAGCAAUUGAAGAUAUUCAAAACAAGACCCUGGAGCUAGGUAUAGCUAAAUUUUUCUUUAAAUAUUCUUUAACAAACUUCUAAUAUUUCCUUUAAAAAUAAAAUGUCUUACAUCCGUAAGAUGAACUUUCCCGCACUGUGAUCCACAACAUGGAUUU